AUGAGAGAAGCAAACACCACGCCGCUGACUCCGCACUUGGCCAAAGCACUUAUCCCUCAGAAGUGCCAUGUUCCAGCAUUCGAAUGUUACGAUGGGUCCAGCGAUCCCGCAAAACAUCUUCGUUACUACAAUCGUAUCUUAGCCAGAUGGGAGCAAGACGAUGCAGUCCUCUGCAGGUAUUUCCCUUCAAGUCUGAAGGGAUCAACACUAUCUUGGUUCGACAACCUACCACCCAACUCCAUCAACUCCUAUGACCAGCUCGCUGAGAAGUUCUUAGAAACUUACAUGUACAACAAGGCUGUCAAUGCAAGAAUGGACAAGCUCUUCUCACUAGAAGUCGUUUACAAAGAGACAAUGAGGGAGUAUACCGACAGAUGGCACAAGAUUUGUCAAGCCAUAGGAAAUGUAGAUCCAGUGGUCAGCAUCAACUGUUACAAAUGGGGAUUGGAUAGAAUGAGCCCAUUAUUUGUGGAGAUUCAUGGAAAACAAGCCAGCGGAUCAAAGAGGGGCGGUGCAGCUGAACGUCCCAACGAUGAUAAGAGAGGACGAAGGGACGACCGUCGACGUGAUAACCGUAAAUUCAAAGAUCAGGUUUUCACGAAGCUAAACACCAACUACACCCGCAUUCUGAGGGAAAUCAAGGACCGGGAAAUCCUGGAAUGGCCAUGGUCCAAAGGAAAACAACCCCCUAGGACCGAAAAGUCAAGGGAUUACUGUGAAUACCAUUUCUUCAAUGGGCACCAAACAGAGAAAUGCAAGAAUCUCAAGAUAAUGAUCCAGAAGCUGAUUGACGUUGGUGACCUCAAGAAAUACAUACAGAAAGCAGAAACUGAAGAUAGAGCUAAGCGAAGUAAGCAAGUCCAACUACCCGAAGGAAAUCGAAGCAUCAACACCAUCUCAUGUUCCGAGGCUACAGGACCAUCGCUGACUGCCCAGAUAGGGAAAAGGCUAAGAAAUCAAUUCGAGGAUUACUGUGAACUGUACAAGAUUGAUGGGGUAGAAGUAGAGGAACACGAGCAGUGGAUGAACGCACCUAUCACCUUCGAUGCUGAAGAUAUAGAGGAAUACAUGGAAGAUCACAAUGAUCCCUUGGUCCUCACUUUACCGGUGGCUGGAUGUAACAUCAGGAAGAUCUUUAUCGAUGGAGGGAGAUCGGUUAAUGUUCUGUUCUACGACGCGUUCAAUAGGAUGGAGAUGAACGAUGAACAUCUGAUGUCUUCUUAUUACACCAUUUAUGGAUUCAAUGGGGCACCAAGAAAGCCCUUGGGAGAUAUUGUUUUACAAGUAGAUGCAGGACCAAUGAAGGUCGAUACUUGA